AUGGCUGAGGAAAAGCCCACGACUUCUCCUAUUCUGCCUGAGGCUGACCCAGACUCUGCAUCUGCGGCCGUGGAGACCACUACUGAGGCAAAGUCGGCCGACUCAAAGCCAGAAGCGCCUCAGGCGGCCACUGAAAAGAGCUCGGAACAGGAGAAAGCUGAGAGCGCCAACCAAGAGCCCGCAGCAGACGGUGAAGGAGCUAAGGAAACUGAUGCUCCUGCCGACAAGCCCGCCAAGGACAAGAUCACCUCUGGCGGCGAGGAACCUGAUGCUGAGAAGGUUGAGGGCUCGAUAGAGUCUGCAGCCCCGGCUGCCGAGGCCAACGGAACCCCUGCGUCUAAUAAGAAACAAGCCAAGCGAAGGUCCUCUGUUGGGGUACCUGAACACAAGACGAAGAGGUUGAACAAGAAGAAGUCUCAGGUUCUCACCAACCCGGAUGCCAAGGCUGGUGACUACUACUUUGCCCGCAUGAAGGGAUAUGCUCCGUGGCCAUCGAUCAUCUGUGAUGAGGAAAUGCUACCCUCCAGCCUCCUCAACUCCCGGCCUGUGACGGCUCGUCGCGUGGACGGAAGCUGGCGCGAGGAUCUUGAAGAUGGCGGAAAGCGAGUUAUGGAUCGAACUUUCCCAGUCAUGUUCUUGCAUACUAAUGAAUUUGCUUGGAUGUCCAACACGGAUCUCACUCCCCUUGACCCGGAGACCAUAUUGGAGAGCGGCGAGAAAGGAAAAGGAAAGCAGCUGUGGGCAGCUUAUGGCGUUGCUGCGCAGAAGAAUGAUUUGGACCAUUUUAAGGAGUUGCUCGCUGACCAUCAGCGUGCGCUUCAAGAAGAUGAAGACGCAAAGGCAUCUCGAAAGGGAAAGUCAAAGCGCAAGUCGCAGAUUGUGGAGCCCGAGGAAGCUCCAGAGGAUGUGGAAAUGGAUGAUGCAGGCGAAGCCGAAGUUGAGGAGGACGCCGACAGCUCUUCCAAGAAGAACAAGUCCAAGAAGAGAAAGAAGGACGCAGAUAGCGAUGUGGAGUCGGCAAAGCCCACCAAGACUCCCAAGACCUCUCAGAAGCUCAAGCUUAGCACACCAAAGACUCCGAACGGCACUGCUACUCCGUCCAAGGCCAAAGCCUCCACGAAGAAGGAGAAGGCUUCUACCACGAAAAAGACGCCCGCCAAAUCUAAGGACGCCGACGAAGAGAUGACCGACGCCCCGAAGACUGUUGAGAAGGCUCUAUCGCCGGCUGAGGCAAAGAAGAAGAAGGAGAAGGAAGUGCUCUAUCUCCGCUACAAGCUCCAGAAGGGAUUUGUUACUCGUGAUGUGCCUCCUAAGGAGGAAGAAAUGACCACCAUGGCCGAUUACUUUGGCAAGCUCGAAAAGUUUGCCGAUCUUGAAGUCAGCAUCAUCCGCCAGACGAAGAUUCACCGCGUGCUCAAGGCCAUUAUCAAGCUCGGCACUAUUCCGCGGGAUAACGAAUUCCACUUCAAGCAGCGCGCUCAAGACCUGCUCGGAAUAUGGAACAAGGUCCUCGCUGCUGAGCCUGAGACUCCAUCAGCCGCGGCUGCCGAUAAGGAAGCUUCUGCCACUAACGGACUUGACAAGAAGGACGAAAAAGAUGUCCGGGAACAAGUCGAGAAGGAAGAAAAAGAGGAGAAGGAGGAAGAGAAGGAGGCUGAGAAGAAGGAGGCCGAAAAGGAGCCCGCUGAGACUGAGACCGAGACUGCCAAGGAGCCCGAGAAGCCCGCCGCCGCCACCGAGGAGCAGACUGAAAACAAGGAAGAGGCUAAGCCCGAGGAACCAAAGCCCGCAGAUGAGCCCAAGGGCGAGGAACCCAAGCCGGCUGAAGAGGCAAAGUCAGAGGAGCCCAAGCCAGAAGACGCCAAGCCCGAAGAGUCCAAGCCAGCUGAAGGCGAGAACGAGACUGCUUAA